AUGGAAGGACGCUGCCAAUGUGGACAAAUCCGCUUUACCACGCCGCUCCCGGCGCCGCUGGAGCUGUACAUCUGCCACUGCACGGAAUGCCGCCACCAGUCAUCCUCCACGUACGGCAUGACGGCCAUCUUCCCAUUCUUCGACAUCAGACAGUUCGAGCCCCGUCCGGGAGCCAUCGCCGUGUACGCGCGCCCGAACUCGCAGGGCCGCACCGAGGGGUAUUUCUGCACGGCGUGCGGGAGUCGCUUGGUGCACGUGUCGGUGUCGCCGAGCGACGGUACGCCGGCGCCCAUGUUGAGCGUCAAGGCCGGCUGCUUGAGCGGGCUCACCAAGGACAUGAUGAGGACCGCCGUGCAUAUCUGGACUAGGUCGGCUGUCGUUGAUGUGCCCGAAGGCGCGGUGCAGUAUGAGGAGGAGCCGCCUGGUGGGAGUUUUCAGGAGGGAUGA